AUGCUCCUUAUUAUUCUGACCGCUUGGACGGCAAGGUCCUUCAUUUCGUCUGGUUUUACCUGGUGUCUUCCCUUUACACUUAUACGACCACUUGUUUGGUCGUUCGCCGCCAAUUGGCGUGUACCUCGCUGCCUAGCAUUCCUGCUUCAUUCAGGACCAAAUAUAAUUCUUUCACAUAGCUUUGCCCCCACUCUCUCUAGCACACCCUCUUCGUCUGACGUUCGACCGUCCAAUCCGCGUGGCAUCCAACUGAGUGACCCUUGUGUCGCCCUUUACGCCGUUUUCCAGCUUGGAAGACAAUUUAGUAAAUAUGCAUGUAACAAAGGUAUCCUCAUGCCCGCUCGGACAUUUGGUUUUAUAGCACAGUACCAGUGA